CGCAUUUGUCCACUCGUUUCCUUCGUUUACGACUGCAAACGAAACGGACCCUUGAUAAAUUCCCAAACUUAAAAAUACAUACAACUCAAAAGCGCGUCUUUGGUUUGUGAAAAAACGAAGGAAACGAGUGGACAAAUAAACAUGCUUCUGCUAAGCCAAGCUCCAGUGAGAGCUCUUUCAACCAGUAAUUGCUCCUUCUCAUCUCCUUCACGAAUCCCAACUCUAAAUCCAACUCUCUUCUCCAAUUCAAAACCCAAGUUUGCAUCCAGAAACUCUAGGAGAACCAUAAAUCUCACAGUCACAAAUGCAGAAAGAGAUGGUGGUGAUUCAGCUUCUGCAACAAAGCAAGCUUUCUCCAGCUCCUCGCAAUCUCCUUAUAGCAACGAUGAGACUGUUUUUGUCGGUGAAGAAGCCGUUCCACUUGAAGGUGUAAUUCAGUUCGAAAAACCCAAUUCACCUUCCAAGUUAAAUAAAUGGGGUCGAAUUGCUCUUAUGGCUGGUGGGGAUGUUUUGGCUUUACUUUUGUUUUCUGCAAUUGGAAGAUUCAACCAUGGUUUCCCAGUUCUUAACGUUGAGACCCUGCAUACUGCGGACCCUUUUAUCGCCGGAUGGUUUUUAAGUGCUUACUUCCUUGGAGGUUACGGAGACGACGGGAGAGGAAGCAACGGUUUGUCAAAAGCUGUUGUAACUGCCGUUAAGUCAUGGGCUGUGGGGAUUCCGUUGGGGUUAAUAAUUAGGGCAGCAACAUCAGGUCAUAUUCCUCAAGUCAGCUUUAUGAUGGUAACUAUGGGAAGCACUGCAACCUUGUUAAUUGGAUGGAGAGCUCUCUUAUUAACUGUUCUACCUGGUGACAAUAGCAAGAAGAAUGAUAUGUACAAACAGGGGAGCCCCUUUGAAUUGUUUGAGUUGCUUACAUCGUUAGUACGAAGGUGGUGAUAGUAGCCAAUUCUCAUGUGCUUGUAUCCAACAGUUGAUUUUCUCGUAAACAAGCACCCAACAUGAAUGAAAGUCCAAGUUUUGUAACAUGUAGAAGGUAAAUCACAACUCUUUUUGAUUCAUGUAAAUUACAGCUUGAUACUCGCAUGAACAUUUUGGGGCUAUUUUCUAGUUUACAAUUUAGAACAUCUGCUGCUUGGUAAAAGGGGCAGCUAUUUUCUGUCAGCUGUAUGAAUCCUUUUUCUCUAUUUUACCAUGUCGAAGAGCUAGCUGUUCAUAUUUAUAGUAAACCCUUUGAUUCCUAUUGAAA